AUGCCGAGGAGGAAGCAGCAGGCGCCCCGGCGCGCAGCAGCCUAUGUUUCCGAUGAGUUAAAGGCUGCCGCCCUGGCAGAUGAAGACAUAGAUCCAGAAGAGAGCCCUGCAGAUGGAGAGCCUUCGGCUAAGUACAUGUGCCCGGACAAGGAGCUCAGCAAGACCUGCCCCAGCUACCAGAACUCCCCGGCGGCCGAGUUUUCCAGCCAUGAGCUGGACAGCGAGUCCCACAUCAGUGAGACCAGUGACCGGAUGGCCGACUUUGAAAGUGGCUCCAUCAAGAACGAAGAGGAGACCAAGGAGGUGAGCAUCCCGCCAGAAGACACGACCGUGUCCGACAGCCUGGAGCAGAUGAAGGCCGUGUACAACAACUUCCUCUCCAACUCCUACUGGUCCAACCUCACCCUCAACCUGCACCAGCCGUCCUCGGAGAAGAACAACGGGAGCAGCAGCAGCAGCAGCAGUAGCAGCAGCAGCUGCGGCAGCGGGAGCUUCGACUGGCACCAGAGCGCCAUGGCCAAGACGCUGCAGCAGGUGUCCCAGAGCCGCCUGCUGCCCGAGCCCAGCCUCUUCAGCACCGUGCAGCUGUACCGGCAGAGCAGCAAGCUCUACGGCUCCAUCUUCACCGGGGCCAGCAAGUUCCGCUGCAAGGACUGCAGCGCCGCCUACGACACCCUGGUGGAGCUGACGGUGCACAUGAACGAGACGGGGCACUACCGCGACGACAACCACGAGACCGACAACAACAACCCCAAGCGCUGGUCCAAGCCCCGCAAACGCUCGCUGCUGGAAAUGGAAGGCAAGGAGGAUGCCCAGAAGGUGUUGAAGUGCAUGUACUGCGGCCACUCAUUCGAGUCCCUCCAGGACUUGAGUGUCCAUAUGAUCAAAACGAAACACUACCAAAAAGUGCCUCUGAAGGAACCCGUCACUCCUGUGGCAGCCAAAAUCAUCCCAGCCGCUCGGAAGAAGGCCUCGCUGGAGCUGGAGCUGCCCAGCUCCCCGGAUUCCACUGGCGGCACCCCCAAAGCUGCCAUGGCGGACACGAACGACGCACUUCAGAAGAACUCCAACCCGUACAUCACGCCAAAUAACCGCUAUGGCCACCAGAACGGGGCCAGCUACGCCUGGCACUUCGAGGCCCGCAAGUCCCAGAUCCUCAAGUGCAUGGAGUGCGGCAGCUCGCAUGACACGCUGCAGGAGCUCACGGCCCACAUGAUGGUGACCGGCCACUUCAUCAAGGUCACCAACUCGGCCAUGAAGAAGGGGAAGCCCAUCAUGGAGACGCCUGUCACGCCCAGCAUCACCACCCUGCUGGACGAGAAGGUGCAGUCCGUGCCCCUGGCUGCCACCACCUUCACGUCCCCCUCCAACACGCCUGCCAGCAUCUCCCCAAAACUGAACGUGGAGGUCAAGAAGGAAGCCGACAAGGAGAAAGCUGUCCUUGAAGAAAAGCCCAAGGAAAAGGAGAAGGCCUGUGAGGAGGAGGAGAAGUAUGAUAUCUCUUCCAAGUACCACUAUUUGACUGAGAACGAUCUCGAAGAGAGCCCCAAGGGCGGGCUCGAUAUCCUCAAGUCCCUAGAAAACACAGUCACGUCGGCCAUCAACAAGGCCCAGAAUGGCACCCCCAGCUGGGGUGGCUACCCCAGCAUCCACGCCGCCUACCAGCUCCCCAACAUGAUGAAGCUGUCUCUGGGCUCCGCGGGGAAAAGCGCACCCCUGAAGCCCAUGUUUGGCAACAGCGACAUCGUGUCCCCCACGAAGAACCAGACCCUGAUCACUCCACCCAGCAGCCAGACCUCCCCCAUGCCCAAGACAAACUUUCACGCCAUGGAGGAGCUGGUGAAAAAAGUCACCGAGAAAGUUGCCAAAGUCGAGGAGAAAAUGAAAGAGCCCGAGGGCAAACUUUCUCCACCCAAGCGGGCCACCCCGUCCCCGUGCAGCAGCGACAUCAGCGAGCCCAUCAAGAUGGAGGCGUCCAGCGACGGGGGCUUCAAAAGCCAGGAGGACAGCCCCAGCCCCCAGCGGGACGGCUGCAAGGAGGGGAGCCCCCUGGCAGAGCCGGUGGAGAACGGCAAGGACCUGGUAAAGCCCAUGAGCAGUGGCCUGAGCAGCAGCACAACCAUCAUCACCGACCACCCACCUGAGCAGCCUUUUGUUAACCCUCUGAGCGCCCUGCAGUCGGUGAUGAACAUCCACCUGGGCAAGGCCGCCAAGCCCUCCCUGCCUGCCCUCGACCCCAUGAGCAUGCUUUUCAAGAUGAGCAACAGCCUGGCCGAGAAGGCGGCGGUGGCUACCCCACCACCCUUGCAGUCCAAGAAGGUGGACCACCUGGACCGCUAUUUCUACCACGUCAACAACGACCAGCCCAUAGACUUGACGAAAGGCAAGAGUGACAAAGGCUGCUCUUUGGGUUCAGUGCUUUUGUCGCCCACGUCCGCAUCCCCGGCAACCUCCUCAUCCACCGUGACAACGGCGAAGACAUCUGCCGUCGUAUCAUUCAUGUCAAACUCGCCGCUACGCGAGAAUGCCUUGUCAGAUAUAUCCGAUAUGCUGAAGAACUUGACAGAGAGCCACACGUCAAAGUCCUCCACCCCUUCCAGCAUCUCUGAGAAGUCUGACAUUGAUGGGGCCACCCUGGAGGAGGCCGAGGAGGCGACGCCCGCGCAGAAGAGGAAGGGCCGCCAGUCAAACUGGAACCCGCAGCACCUGCUCAUCCUCCAGGCGCAGUUCGCAGCCAGCCUCCGGCAGACCUCGGAGGGCAAGUACAUCAUGUCGGACCUGAGCCCCCAGGAGCGCAUGCACAUCUCCAGGUUCACUGGGCUCUCCAUGACCACCAUCAGCCACUGGCUGGCCAACGUCAAGUACCAGCUGCGAAGGACAGGUGGGACAAAGUUCCUCAAAAACUUGGACACCGGCCACCCUGUGUUCUUUUGUAAUGACUGCGCGUCACAAAUCAGGACUCCCUCCACGUACAUUAGCCACCUCGAGUCACACCUGGGCUUCCGGCUACGGGAUUUGUCGAAACUGUCCACUGAACAGAUUAACAAUCAGAUAGCACAAACCAAGUCACCAUCAGAAAAACUGGUGACGUCCUCCCCCGAGGAGGACCUGGGGACCUCCUACCAGUGCAAACUUUGCAAUCGGACCUUUGCAAGCAAGCAUGCGGUUAAACUUCACCUCAGCAAAACACAUGGGAAGUCCCCUGAGGACCACCUUCUGUAUGUUUCUGAGUUAGAGAAACAGUAG